GCUGUACCACUGUAGUCUUGCCUCCUGUAUUUUCUUGCUGGUCGCUUUCAUUUCUAGUCUUUGACAGAUUUGGCACAUGGUUGAGAAGCGUCAAGCCAAGUGUCCAUCUCAGCAUUGUCAUUUCCAAUGUGUUAAUGGUGUGUUCAUGUUUCUUAGGCCCCGUCCACACAGCUGUAUAAAAUCCACAUUGAACUGCAUUAUAUGGCAGUGUGGACACAGAUAAUCCAGUUCAAUUCAGAGACUGUGGAUUAUCUGCCUCGAUAUUCUGGGUUAUAUGACUGUGUAGAAGGGCCCUUUGUUGUUGGCCGGCUACUGGGCAAACAACUGAAGUGUAGAUCUUAGCCUUGAGUUGUUCAGGCAUUUUUGAGUUACACAGAGUGCCAGUAGAUUGCCGCCAUUUCAACCCAGCUGCAUUUAUUCGUGACCAUAUGUCUGCCAUUGUGUUACCAUCUAUGGAGACUAGUGAUCAUAGGUAUUUAAAUUGGGUGGCCUCCUUUAGUGCUUUUCCAUUAAUUUGAAUUGUUUUUCCAGUUUGAAGGCCACAUUCCAGAUUUUGGGUAUGUUCGGUUGACAUCCAUUUUCACUAUUGCUCCAUGUCUGCAGUUGUUGUUGAAGUGCUACAUGUUUUUGGUGGCCGAGUGCUAUGUCAUCUGCAUAUAGGAGUGUCCAGGGAUGCAUAAUCUGCAAAUCUGCUGUAGCAGUGUCCAUGCAGAGUGUGAAUAGUAAUGCAGCUCUAAUGGAAAGCCCGGUUAUGUUCAUGGAUAGUAAGGAUGUAUCCUCUGCAGCCUUCUCUGGAGAAACAAAUAUGAUAGAUGAACCUGGUACUUCUUUCAGUAGAGAAACAGGUGGCCUUGAAGACAUCAAAUUGACUGGGAAUGUUUCUGGAGAGUCCACCAGUAUUAACACCAAGCCAAAAUCCAUCAAGCGUGCCAAAACGUGGUCAAAUGAAGUUGAGAAUCUGUAUAGAUUUCAGCAGGCUGGAUACAGGGAUGAAAUUGAGUAUAAACAAGUGAAGCAUGUUGAUAUGGUUGAAAGGUGGCCGGAAACUGGAUUUGUGAAGAAACUCCAAAGAAGGGACAAUACUUUCUAUUAUUACGACAAGGAAAGAGAAUGUGAAGACAAAGAAGUCCAUAAAGUGAAAGUUUAUGCUUACUAAUUUUUGUUACAGUUCAGUAUAUUUGUUUUGGUGGGGAUUUUUUUUAGCUGAAAGGUUUUGAAAUUAUUUUAUUGCAGUUAUAAAUGAAAUUGAAAGCAUUAAAAGCAUUUUUGAGUCUAAAUUGAUCAGAUUUUAAUUAUAUCCUUACUUUCUCUUUUCAAGAAAUAUCCAUAGAAUUGGAGUACAUAGACUGUGCCGUUAUCACAAACAAAAGCUCAAUUUAGGGAACAGUGAUUCAACUGCUAUAUAUGUUAAUAUAUGUCUCAUCAGCCCAUUUAAAUAUUUUUUCUUUUCUAUAGAUAUCAAUGAUGUUUUUUAAUGGAGGGCAUGCCUGCGGGAUUUUAAAUGAUUUACCAGAAUUGCUGUUGAUGAUGAGUUUUUUAGUAGUGUUGUUGAGUGCAACUUUUGCCACUAGAAAGAUAGAUAAUAUGUAUUCUUAUUUGGAAGAUUACAUAGUUCCAUAAUGAAUACAGUUGGCCCCUUGUAUCCAUGGAUUAUGCAGUCCCCACAUUCAACUAGCCACAGCUUGAAAAUAUAUGUUUAAUCCAAAAAGUGAACCUUUUACUAUGGAAUUUUAUAUAGUAAGUCUUCAGCAUCCAUGGAGUUUGAUAUCCUUAGAGGAACCUGGACCCAAACACCAGUGGAUGGCAAGGGCCCACUGUACCAUUACUCGGGGUGGCUUGCAUAAGAAAAACAAUCAUACAUUUAAAACACAAUAUAAUAACAUAGUUAUAAAAUAACAUCACAUGACAGUUAUUAAAACCAAGACAUCAAUUGUUAUGUACAAAGGGUGAUUAGUGCAAAACUCUGAGUAAAGUCCAUGAGUAAAAAUAGAGAGGGGGGGGGAGGACAAGGAACCAAUCGUGUUAAAACACUAAAACCUAUAAAAUGGGGGGGGGGCAAUAUUCAAGUGCAACACCAUUUGAAAACGAGAUACAUGGCUGGUGGCCUCUUCACUCAAAAGCACACUGAAAUAUCCAUGUUUUUAGACUCCGGCGGAAGGUGGACAGUGAAAAAGCCAGUCUAAUGGGGAGUGAGUUCCAGAGUCGGGGAGCCACUACGGAGAAGGCCCUCUCUCGUCCCCACCAACCGUGCUUGAAACGGAGGUGGGAGCAAUAGAAGCCCCCCCCCCCCCCGGGAUGAUCUUAGGGCCUGUGUGGGUUCUUAGGGGAGGAGGCGAUCAUGGAGAUAAGCAGGUCCCAAACUGUUUAGGGCUUUGUAGGUGAUAACUUGCACCUUGAAUUGGGCCCAGAAACUUAUCAGUAGCCAGUGUGGCUGCUUAAACAGGAGGGUUGUCCACUCUCUGUAGCUAGCUCCAGUUAUUAAUCUGGCUGCUUAUCUUUGUACUAGCUGUAGUUUCAGAACCGUCUUCAAGAGCAGCCCCAUGUAGAGUGCAUUGCAGUAAUCCAGUCUGGAGGUAACUAAGGCGUGGACCACCAUGACCAAGUCAGACUUCACAAGGUACGGUCGCAGCUGGCACAUGAGCUUUAACUGUGCAAAAGCCCUCCUGGCCACCACCGACACCUGAGCAUCAAGCGUCAGUGCUGAGUCCAGGAGAACCCCCAGACUGCGGACCUGCAUCCUCACGGGGAGUGUGUCCCCAUCGAGCACAGGUUGCCACCCUAUGCCCCGAUCAGCCACACGACUGACCUGGAGGACCUCUGUCUUGUCAGGAUUAAGCUUCAGUUUGUUGGCCCUCAUCCAGUCCAUCACAGUGGCCAUUAUUAGAGAGCAUAUGAGUUGUAUGUCCUCCUGCUUCUAUGUAUUAUGUUUUAAUAUAGUGGAGUUUGAAAUCUACCAUAGUGUAUUUUACACAGGACAGCUAAAAGCAAGAUGGAUAGGACCAAUUACUUACAUUAUUAUAGUGUUCAUAAGGCCGGAACACAUUUGGAUAUAUUAAGGGUUUGUCUCCACUUCCUUAGAGGAUAUCUGCACAGCACCAAGUUCAAAACCUUUUAUAAGAAAAAUAUGCAUAUGGAUAUACAUGAGUGGUAUUGGAUGCAAAAUACUUCAGAUAAUAGGGCAGCCAUGCCCACCCAUAAUCUAAGGGCCUGGGUGUAUUCCAUGUGAUUGUCGAUUGCUCUGCAGUAUCUAGAGAAUUACUUAUCAUGAAUACUUGUUCUUGUAUUUGCAGAAGAACAAUCCACCCCCAGGUCAGGUGAUUCAAGCUAAGUUCUGAACAAGUGGUUGAGAUGCAUUUAGGAAGAUGCUGUGAUUUUCUUUAAACUUUCUUUCAGUUCCUUAAGCAAGUUCAGUUCUGUUUGAAUGGAGCUGGGAAGAUACCUCUAUUUUCUGUCGAUAUUCCUUCAGUUCUAUAAGAUAAAUACUAUCAGGAGUUUUAAACCAGGCUAUCUAAACUGAGGAAAAGACAGAAGAGUCAAAGAACAUAAUUGCAACAAAAAAAAAAACUUUGGACACCCACCUCUGAUGAGGGGAAUAGCCCAUGAGAUUGUGGAUUCCUCCCCUGCUCAUCCAAGAAGAGCCCUCAUUGAGUACACAUGUAUUUUGACAUGUAAGAGUGCUCUUUAGUCUAUGCCCUGUGUUUUCAGAGUGGUUUGAGUAUACUUUUGCUCAUGGCUUCAUUCCACUUAGUUUUAAACACUGUUGGCUAGAUUUAUACAGGAUGAAUCGAUCGGAUUCAUCAGAAUCGAUCGUAUUCCACACCAACCUUUGCCUAUAUCUAGGCAGCUGACCAUGACUUGCUAGAAUGAAAAAACACUUGCAGUUAGACAGCAGGCACUAACUACCUCUUAUUGAACAAAAAAGUAUUUUUAAAAGCCUCCAAAACCUUGAUUUUUAGCUAAUGCUUAACAGGUGUCCUAAUGACAAAUGAACAAAGAUUGGAGGACUAGAAACAUUGGCUCAGUCCUAUAUAAGCUACAGGCAAAAGGCUGCAAUUCCUUUCUGUCUUUGCCAGUACAUCUGGAAGACCAUCAGCUGCUGAUCUGACUCUGUGUCUUCAUUUCUACCCACCCACAUGUUUUGGGUUGAACAAACUUUUGUGAGUGUAGAAGAAGAAACUUUUGUUUAGAUCAAGGUGUCUGCUCGAAGGUUCAGAUCUGAAUAUGUUUACCCAAAUUUGUCCCAAUUAUAUGUGUUGUCCCAUAAAAACCAUCUGUAGCAUUCUUAUUGCUUAAAGCAGUUCAGUUGGAAACAAAAUAAUGGAAAAUGUCACAAUAAAACAGGUUUAAUGUUAGGAUACAAUGUAAAAUGUUAUUUUGGAGAACCUGUAUUGGUUCAGUACCUGCAAGGAUCUCUCCUGCAAUGCAGUUAUGCCUGAGAAACAAAACAAGAAAUUUGGCUGACAUUGUCGGCUAACAAGAUAAAAGACUGUCCUCAGCUUUUGUGCAGUUGAGCACUAGUAAACAGCAUAUCAUUUGCUCUCUCAUAACCAAAUCCUUUCUUUUAGAUCCAGCUGUAUAAUUGAACUGUUUAGAAUUAGAUCUAUCAGAUAUUGCUACAUGAGUUCCAAAGUGUCAUGAUGACAUGGUUUAGAAUGAAUAAAAUAUAAAGCUGGUUUAAAUGUAACUGUGAAUUAUGGGAUACAGUGUUCAUGUAUAGUCAUUGCCAAAUUCUCAUUGAAUCAUCUGUCAUUGUGGAGUCUGUGCAUCAUCCAGAGAUCAGCACCUCAGGGAGAACCAGGGAAAAGAAAAGGACAAAUCAAACCUUUUCAGGUGAGCCCAUCUGUCAACAGAGCAGACACUUUGCAUGGCAAAGAUUACACAUUUCACUCCUAACAACUCUAGUAAAAAUAAUCUCAACAGGGAGAGCCUAAAAGAAUACUUUUCCAACAAAGAUAGGUUUUUCAGAUCAAGGGAGGCAAGACUGAACUAGGUGGAUAACUAAUCUGAUUUAUCAUUGUGUGUUCAUAUGCAGCCUUGGGGCACAUUAAUGAUCUGCCAACUGUUAUAAUCUCAAUGUAGCAUUGACCAAUUCCAAGUUGCCACAGUGAAAACAUCUAUGUAAUAUUCCUGUCCCUAUGUUGAUUUCAGUUUUGUUUUCUACAGCACUCUUUGCAAGAGAGUGUAUGUGCUGGCUAAUAAUUGACCAUUUAAUUGUAAAUCACCUGGACUAUGAUUAGUCCAACAAGAUAAAAAAUUCAGUUAAAAACAGAUAUUUAUAAACAAGCAUUGAGGUAAGCCAGUGGAAAACUACAGAACACAAUCUAACAAAGAAGAUACAGUAUUAGGAUACCUAGAGCAAGAAACACAUUUUCCAAAAAAAGAAAAAAACGAGAAGAAAUUUUACAAUUACUAUUAACAAGUCUACUCUGGAUUGCAGCGUGAUACACCCUAGUUCCAAGUGUAAUUCUACCUGCCCUGAAGACUAAACAUUCCACCUCUGUUCAAAUCUUACUAGCCCAAACAUCCCAUGUAGUUCAGUGACAUGUAAUUCUUGUGUUAGAUUUCAAUCAUUACUUAAUUAUGACAGCUUGAAAACUACAACAACCUAUAGAAACUUGCAUGAAAGAAUAAUAUCCUCAUAUCAGUAUACACAUAAUGUAGUACUUUUUGCAUCACCUUAACUAACACAAGUUUCUAAGAAAAAUAUUUAGGCAGCAAAAAUAUAACUGUGUUGAGAAAUAAAAUUAUUCCAUGCAUGUGUGAAUAUGUCCUAGAUUAUAACUUUGAAGUGAAAACGAAAGGUUAAGUUAUUGAGAUUGUACUAAAAAUAGUAUUCCCUCAUCAUCUGGAGUUAAGAAUUGAUCACACAAAACAACCAAACCACUGAAACACCUUUUUUCUUCAGAAUACAUUAGUGAAACAAUGAGAAAAAUAAUCUUCUCAAAAGAAAAUGCUUUGUAAUAAUCAGAUUUACUUUGGGAAGUGUUAAUGUGGGAUUUGUGUAUUGGUAGUGUUUAAAUGAAAUUUGUGUCUUGCCUGUAUUGCAUACUGAUUGUAUCAUCCAGAGUGUAACAUAGUCUGGAAAGAGUUAAUUCCUAAGAAGCUGUGAGGUCCUUGAUGUGUGGCUGGAGCUGGGGAGUAUCCAGACACAAGUGUGUAUGCAUUAUUUAUUUAUUUAUUUACAGUAUUUAUAUUCCGCUCUUCUCACCCCGGAGGGGACUCAGGGCGGAUCACAUUACACAUAUAAGGCAAACAUUGCCUUUAACAUAGAACAAGACAAACGUGGGGCUCCGAGCUGGCCUCGAACUCAUGACCUCUUGGUCAGAGUGAUUUGUUGCAGCUGGUUGCUCAACAGCCUGCGCCACAGCCCGGCCCCCUGAUUGCAUCAGUUCUGUUCUGAGUUGAGUCGAGUACUGUCUGCUGAGAAGUCAAGUCCUGUGUCCAUUGUCUUCAAGUCUGUUUGUAUUUAUUACUGCUUUCAGUAAAACUUGUAUAUAGUUUUA